AUGCAUGAAUUCCAGGAGGGCGGCACCUGGCGCGCGUUCCUCUGGACGGUCGUGCGCGAACCCAUAGCGCGGAGCGUUUCCGCGUUCUUCUUCUUCAGAGUCACGAGACACCACGGGAAGGACUCCGACCACAAAAUACAAAACAAACUCGGAUCCCACACGGACUAUCUCUGGAACUACCUGCGAACGGACCUCGCAUCCGCGCCGCGGCCGGGCGACGUCGACAAGCUCCUGGACGUCUACGACCUCGUCGGGACCACGGAGCUCUUCGACGAGACGAUGGUGCUGCUGGCGACGCGCCUGGGCUUGCCGCUCGGCGACGUGCUCUCGGUGAGCGCGAAGGACUCCAGCGUCGCCGGGGCCCGGGACGACAGGACCGGCGACGCUCUCGUCCACGCGGACGCGUCGCAGAUGGCGCGCGUCCGCAAGUGGGCCGAGACGACCGGCUUCGAGGCGCGCGCGGCCGCCGACUACGCGAUCUGGCGCAACGCGUCGGCCCGCGUGCGACGCGACGUCCGCCCGCUGAAACGCAAGCUCGCCGAGUACCGCCGGCUCAAGCGCGCCGUCGCCGAUCCCUGCGCGGCGGACCCGCGGAACUUCGAGGAAGACCAGUGCCUCUGGAGGGACAACGGCUGCGCCCAGCCGUGUAUCGACGCCGGACUCGCGCGCGACGCCGGGUUUCCCUUUUAA